AUGGGUGGAGAGGAAGGGUCUCCGCAGUAUUUUGAGUUUGUGGGGGGAUGCUUCGAGCCGCAGUGUGGCGAAGGCGCGUAUCUGCCGUUGCGUUGGGGCACUGUUAUGUCCAGCAAGUAUGCCCAUAGAGAGGUUUGCAUGUAUGCACAGUGCGCUGAGGGGUUGGGAGACGCGGCGGAUAGGCUUCUGCUCAGUAUUUGGAUGGGAGUGUUUGCAGCGGGGGUGGGCCGGGUGACUGUGUUAGUUUUGUGGGUUGGGCAGUUUUCAGCAACAGCGGCUCGCAUUGUACGAAGUGCCAAGCAGUUGCGGGCCGCAGUCUUGGCCGCCGAUGCUCAGCAGCUUGCACCACCCGUGCACCUGACCAGCAGCAUCUCACGCGUCAUGCCUGAAAGAUGGGGAGACGUUGAGAGUGGUGUUGCAGAUUCUGUUGACUUCUGUCGGGAUUUGGAGUGCGUGGUGUUCGCACCUGCCGUAGACGCAUGUGCGAACGGUUGCGUUCUUGAGGUGAUGGCUCUGCAGAGACGUAAUGUGCUGCAUGAGUUCUACAGAGCGUGA